CAACGGGCUGUGGAGAAGACCGGGGCUAGUGCGUUGCCCUCAAGCCCCUAGGAGAUGGUCUGGCAGGCGGUGAGUUGGGCUCCAAGCGCUACACCACCAAGCGCUUAGGUUCAGCAGAACUCCACAAAAGUCCAGUACAUACCCCUGACGACAACCUCAGAAAUUUUCGUGGUCGGACAUGGCCGCCAGCCGGAGAACAGCAAGCUGCCCCAUCGAGUGAUGACAGAGAUCGUGGAGCUGACGCCGGGCCAAAGCGUCAAGGUCGCGACGAAGGAGCUGGUCGUGCGCGUCAAGGUCCGCGGGUACGGCCGCGGCCGGCUGACCGUCGAGGCGGUCGCGACGGGCGGACUGUUCGCCUCCGCGUCAAAAUCGGGCCCGGAUGCAUGCGAUUGGACCGCGAGUCAACGAGCUGUUGGCUGGCGGGUUGUGAUCGAGCCGCAGUGGUGGGUCCACGCGAGCGACUUCUGUUUCGUGCGCUUCGGGUUUGCUGGUCCGUCGCCGGUGUCCCUUCAAACGCCAUCGACGCGACUCGUCACUCUCACCGCCAGUUUUCGCGCAGCUCAUGCCCGCGACCCGGCCGCGCCGGACUAUCUUGGCGUGGAGUUUGAACCACUGACGUUGGAAGCAACGCAGUUCUCCGUGGCCGUGGCAUACGAGUCGGAGGAGUCUCAGAUGCCGGCGGACCUCCGAGAGGCGUAUCGCGCAUGGCACCAAGCCGUGACUGAGACAGAGAUCGUCUCCUCGACGCUCGUGCUCGCGGGCCGGCGCGCCCUGGGACGGGAAAAGGACCAGGAGCUGACGUACGGCGAAGUCUUGUUCCGGCCCUUCCACCGCCUGCUGGAUGAAGUCGUGAAGCCGCGGCCGGGCGAGGUCUUCGUGGACCUCGGGUCGGGCACGGGGCGGGCGGUGUUCGUCGCUGCGUUGUGUUGGCCCGCGCUCGCCGCGUGCAAGGGCUACGAGGUCUCGCCGCCGCUUCAUUCUGAUGCGGCGCGGUGCCACGGGGAGCUCUCAGGUUCGGUGAUGGCGCCGGUCGAGCUGCACUGCGCCGACGUCCUACGAAGAGACGACUGGGCGGCCGCGGACAUCGUGUGGAUCGCGUCCGUCUGCCUCUCUGAUGGGACGCUGCGGGCGAUCGCCGCGCGGCUCGUCUCCUUGAAGCCCGGCGCGCGCGUAGUCCAUAUGACGGAGCACUUCCUCCGCGACGACGACGCCUUCGAACGCGUGGCGGAGGAUCCGAUCCUCGUGGAGAUGAGUUUCGGCGUGACGGGGGUGUUCGUGGCGCGGCGGCGCGGGCCGAGUGAGUGAUUCCCGCAUCACCCGCCACGCCAUCGAGCAGGCGCAGGCCCGGGGGCAACGUCGCGUCGAUGGCGUUGCGGUUUAAG